GUGUAAACCCGGCCGGGUUGCAUCAUGAGCCCGCUCGGGUUUUCUAUUGCACUCUUCGUUUGUCGAUUGCAUGUAAUACCUCAGCUUCAGCCUGCACAAGCCCAGGGAGCCCGGGAGCACCGAAGGGCAGGCUCAAGGGAAGGCCCCGCCAAGUCCUUUUGGGGGGUGAUGAAUGGCAACUGAUACUUAAUAAGACACAGUAUGUUCUGCUGAUUCACAAUUAUGGAGACUGUGUGACGGAAGAUAGAAGAGAGGCCUAGCAAGAGCGUGGGCGGAAGAGGGGAUUUGCCUCCGCUUGCUUCUGAGCUGGUCCCUGCGGGCAGGCACCUUGUGGGGUCUGUGACAGAUGCUGGACAGCUCACCGGUCCAAAGGUCUACACAUGAAGUCACCGUAACGAGGGUGGCUCCCACUUCGUGAAGACCUCAUCAACGCGAGGUGGGGCUAAGAUGAGCAUAACCAGCGACGAGGUGAACUUUCUGGUGUAUCGGUAUCUCCAGGAGUCAGGUUUCUCCCACUCGGCCUUCACGUUCGGGAUCGAGAGCCACAUCAGCCAGUCCAACAUCAAUGGGACCCUAGUGCCACCAGCUGCCCUCAUUUCCAUUCUGCAGAAGGGGCUGCAGUAUGUGGAGGCUGAGAUCAGCAUCAACGAGGCGGCAGCGACGGCAGCAACGGCAGCAACAACGACCACGACAGCAGCCGCAGCAGCCCCAGCAGCUGUUUCUCAGCAAAACCCGCCAAAGAACGGAGAGACCACGGUGAACGGGGAAGAGAACGGCGCGCACACAAUGAGUAAGUGCGCGGCGGCGGCUCGCUGGCUGCUCACUGGCGUCGGGCACACCGGAAGGGCCUCUUGCAUCGGUCUGCCCGCCUGGCCUGUAGAGUUGGGUCUGGGCUUUGCCCUCCAGGCGGACGGAAACGCCUCACAGGCCGCCUCUCUCAUCACAGCCUUCAGACUCGAGGGUCUUCCUCGCGCGUGGGUAUCGCUGCACAGCGCAGAGAAGUCCCAGCUGAGGCUGGCCAGCGCACAGCCAACCCGCGUUCCUGGGGGCCUUUCCUCCUCUAGCUUCCGUGCUGAGGGCCCAGACCAGAGGCAGCAACCUCUCUGGUCUUUUUUAAACCCCAGGAGAUUCUUUCCUCUUGGGUCUUUGCCCAAGAACAUUUGGCAAAUAAGUCAGUCUGAACUCCUACCCAGACAGCGUGGCCGGCGCGCGCGCGGGCAAGCCCCACGCUGCGGUGUCGGUGUCGUGCCACGGAGAGGAAGGGCCACUGUGCUCCGCCAGCACCGACACCGCUGUGUUUCCUCCCGCAGCUCGGGCGACUCCACCGCCAGGAUCUGGAAUCUCAACGAGAACAGCAGCGGGGGCCCCACGCAGCUCGUGCUGAGGCACUGCAUCCGCGAAGGCGGCCACGACGUCCCGAGCAACAAGGACGUCACCUCGCUGGACUGGAACAGCGAUGGGACCCUACUGGCUACAGGAUCCUAUGACGGCUUUGCACGAAUAUGGACGGAAGAUGGUAACUUGGCCAGCACCUUAGGCCAGCAUAAAGGACCUAUCUUUGCCUUGAAGUGGAACAAAAAGGGAAAUUAUAUUUUGAGUGCUGGUGUAGACAAAACGACGAUCAUUUGGGACGCCCACACAGGAGAAGCCAAGCAGCAGUUUCCGUUCCAUUCAGCCCCGGCUCUUGAUGUGGACUGGCAGAACAACACCACCUUCGCCUCCUGUAGCACGGACAUGUGUAUUCACGUGUGCAGACUCGGCUGCGACCGCCCAGUCAAAACCUUCCAAGGACACACGAAUGAGGUCAAUGCCAUCAAAUGGGAUCCUUCUGGAAUGUUGCUAGCAUCUUGCUCUGAUGACAUGACAUUGAAGAUCUGGAGUAUGAAGCAGGACUCGUGCGUGCAUGACCUUCAAGCUCACAGCAAAGAGAUAUACACCAUCAAGUGGAGCCCCACAGGGCCCGCCACCAGCAACCCCAACGCCAGCAUCAUGUUAGCGAGUGCUUCGUUUGAUUCCACGGUUCGAUUGUGGGAUGUGGAGCGAGGCGUCUGCAUCCACACGCUGACCAAGCAUCAGGAACCUGUCUACAGCGUGGCGUUCAGCCCUGACGGGAAGUACCUGGCCAGCGGCUCCUUCGACAAGUGCGUGCACAUCUGGGACACGCAAAGCGGAAGCCUGGUCCACAGCUACCGAGGCACAGGCGGCAUCUUUGAGGUGUGCUGGAAUGCUCGAGGCGACAAAGUGGGUGCCAGCGCGUCCGACGGCUCUGUGUGUGUUCUAGAUCUGCGAAAGUAAACAAAAAAUAUUAUAAAGAAAAGAAGAAUUCUAACGGACCAGCAGUUGAAUGUGUGGGGUCGCAGCCCUCUUCCAACCCUCAGCUCCGAAACAGUACCAACGUGACUUGUGUUAGAGUAUGUUUUGACGUCAGCUUGUCCCUGGCCGCAGGAGUCUACAAUACUUUUUUGUAAUCUUCAUCCAGAAGUUUAAAAACCAAGCAAAUGCAAAAGCAUAUACACAGUCAUAUCAAGGGGGGUGGAAGGGGUCUCCACCUAGGACUGUCCGCCGGGGAAGGAGGAAGCCACCACUGGCUUGAUUUCCAUCCACGACAGGCUCUGAUGGCCAAAUAGGGGAAUAGCUGUGCCAAAAAAAAACAAAAAGUAAAAUGUUAUGAUAA